CAUUUCAGGCCACGUUUAACAAACAAAAAAUUCUACCGCUCUAGUCAAAAUGCCGCUCUUUUACAAUAUCGCAUACCUAUCAAAGGAAGUUUUAUUGCUAAUGUGCGUUUCCAUAAAAUUAGUCAACCUUGCAAUAUUUUGGUUCAAGACAUUGAUGCCUUAUAUCAUAUGGCUAACUAUGGUCAUAAUCGUAAUUGUUCUAUUUCUGCUUUGUUUCCGGCUGUUGUAUCUGUGGCAAAUUUAAAGAUUGGUGGCAAGGCAGUACGUCAGGAUAAACCAAAUUAUGAUUGUGGCCUUUUUGCUGAUCGUUUGGAAAUCGGUGGUUCCUCUGGUUUGGAUGCAACAGCUAUGGAAAAGUCAAGUGAUAUAUGCGGUUUCUCUAAUGAACCUGGUCCCGAACAGGCCAUAUUCUGUGGUGUCACCACCAUACGAUUGAUUUCAACAGGACGUUUUCAGAAUCAAGCCUCUAUUAUGAUACGUAAAGCAGAGGAGCAUGAUUUGGAUAUUGCAACAUUAAUUUGUGCACUAUAAAUUAUAAAACAAAAAGCUAAACUAAAAUGUAGAAUACAAAAAUGAUAUAACUAUAGUCUAAAGAAAUAAUUCCAAAAUGUUCCGAACCAAAAAAAAAAAAUAAAAGUAAACUAUUAAAAUUAUUAGCACAAUAAAUAUGAAAAAAGAAAUCAAACAGCAAAUAUUUUAAAUAAUACAGUGCUCACAAAAAGUUUUUGUGCCCUCAAACUAAAAACUAAUUAUAAAAUACGAAAUUUUUGCAGCUUAACUUUUUGAGUGCACUGUCUUUAUUUGGCGCAGUAUGUAAAAAUAACUUUAUAUUUUCUUUAAAUUUAUCUGUUGAAUUUUUAGUUUCACAUGAUUAUUUCAACAUUUCAUAUUAUAAUUUCAAAAAUGUAUAUAGACAGCAUAUUUUAUCGGUUUUAAUGUAUGUAGUAUG